ACAUUGUCGUAAUUAGUAGACCAGUAGCAACGUGAAAGCAUGUCUCGAAAACUUUCUUCUUUUUUACGCGUUUCUAAAUUUCUGCUCAAUCGCCAACAAUUACCACUGUCAACAACAAGUAUAAGGGAAAAAGCUCGAAUCAUCGAUGGAAGAGCCAUAGCAAAAGAAAUUAAAACUGAACUAAAGGCGGAGGUUGAAAAGAUGCUUAGUGAAGGGAAAAGAAGGCCGAAAUUAACUGCAGUGAUUGUUGGACAUGAUCCAGCUAGUCAAACUUAUGUCAAGAAUAAGAUGAUCGCUGCAAAGUACACCGGCAUUGAAAGCGAUACUUUAUCUCUCCCAGAAACAACAACUCAGGAGGAGAUACUACAAAAAAUUGAUGAACUCAAUAAAGAUCCAAAUGUUGAUGGAAUAAUUGUUCAACUGCCGAUUCCGAAGCAUAUCGAGGAAAGAACAGUUUGUAAUGCAAUAACUCCAUCUAAAGACGUUGAUGGAUUUCAUACAACAAAUGUCGGGAGAUUUUGCGUUGAUUUGACAUCAAUGAUCCCUGCUACGCCAGCAGGAGUGAUGGAGUUAUUGAAAAGAAGUGGCAUUGAAACAUAUGGAAAAAAUGCUGUUGUGUGCGGUAGAUCAAAGAACGUGGGCAUGCCGAUAGCAAUGCUUCUCCAUUCGGAUGGAGAAGGAGAGACCCAAGCAGGUGACGCAACUACAACAAUUUGCCACCGAUACACACCUCCCGAACAAUUAAAAGUAUUUGUGAAGACAGCGGAUAUUCUCGUUGUAGCUACAGGGAUCCCGAAUCUCAUAACUGGUGACAUGGUUAAAGAAGGUGUCGCCGUCAUCGAUGUUGGCAUUAACAGAGUCAAAGAUCCACAAACUGGUAAAUAUAAACUAGUUGGAGAUGUUGAUUUUGAAGGUGUAAGCGAGAAAGCUUCUUGGAUUACCCCCGUACCAGGCGGUGUUGGUCCAAUGACAGUCGCUAUGCUUAUGAAAAACACUGUUCUAGCGGCUAAACAGGAUAUUGCUUACGCUUUAGGAAGAAGUAAGGAAUAUUAUGGGGAUAAUAUUAUGGUUGGGGAUUUCUUAGAACAGGGCGAGGAUCGCAUGGGAGAUGAGUAUUGGGUUCAACAUUAUAAGCUUAACAUACCUUAA